AUGCACAGUAGAUCUUUAAGAGAACGCCAUGCACCUGAGAGAUAUGGAUUUCUCAUUACGAUGCAUGGUGACAUUCUUCUUAUAGAUCAAGAUGAGCCUAGGACUUAUCAAGAAGCGGUGGUGAGCCCAGACUUUGAGAAAUGGCUUGAGGCUAUGAGAUCUGAGAUGGAUUCCAUGUAUGAAAGCCAAGUAUGGACUUUGGUUGACCCACCCGAAGGGGUUAAACCUAUAGGGUGCAAGUGGGUUUUCAAAAAGAAAACGGACAUGGAUGGUAAUGUACAAACAUACAAGGGGCGAUUAGUCGCUAAAGGUUUUCGUCAAAUUCAUGGUGUUGACUAUGAUGAAACUUUUUCUCCUAUAGCUAUGUUUAAAUCCAGCAGGAUCUUGCUCACCAUAGUUGCAUUUCAUGAUUAUGAAAUCUAG